CACAAUCAAAUCCCCCAGUCAGGUAGUAGUUGCUGUCCUUUUGCUGUGAACGGUGCGGGUUACUUUUCGAUGUCGGUUUUAAGGAGAGUGCUAUACAAACGGCUUUUUGUGCCGAAAUUUAACCCCAAAGCGGUGACAAAUGGUUUUGCUACUGACUCAAAUUCCAGUGGGAUUAUUACAACUCCCGACACCGCGGAAAUACCCAAGUGUUCUUUAAAUGAAUAUGUGUUUCAAAAUGUGCAUCUUUGGGAAAAUCGCAUAGCUACAGAAUGUGCCGUAACUGGAAGGAAUUACACCUAUUCGCAGCUUAGGACAAAAUCCAAAAACUUUGGAGCAGCUCUUCGCAAAAAGUUUAAACUUGAGAAGAACGACACAAUCGCCAUUUUAUUGCCAAACGUUCCCGAGUUUCCAAUCGUUACAUUGGGUGCAAUAAGGGCAGGAUUGAUUUGUACGACUGUGAAUCCAAUAUAUACAGCAGAUGAAAUCAGUAGGCAACUCUUGGAUUCUUCGACAAAAGUUAUUGUAACUCUCAACGAACUAUGGCCGUUGGCAGAUGCAGCGACAAAGCAAGCGAAAAAGAACAUUCCAAUAAUAACUAUCAAAUCGCAGCAAAGUCAAAGUGUUCCAUCGGGUGCAGCGAACUUUGCCGAACUGGCGGAUUACAACGCAGACCUACCAAGUGACGAAUCAUGGGAUAGCGUCGCAUUUUUACCUUAUUCUAGUGGAACAACUGGCUUGCCAAAAGGUGUCAUGCUAACACAUCACAAUAUAGUAGCCAAUGUUGCCCAAAUUGGACAUCCGAAAUUGCUUAUCAGCAGACAAACCACACCUGAUCACCAAGAUGUCGUGCCUGCGGUGUUGCCAAUGUUUCAUAUUUACGGAUUGACGAUCCUUAGUAUGUUUCAAAUUAAACUGGGGGUUAAGAUAGUCACCUUGCCAAAAUUUACUCCAGAACUAUACAUAGGUACCUUGAAGAAACAUAAGCCAAACGUAUUGUACUUAGCUCCACCCAUAGCUAUAUUUUUAGGAAAAGUUCCCCAAGUACAGGCGGAAGACUUUAAACCAGUUAGGGCAGUAGUUAACGGUGCAGCUCCUUUAGGGCAAUUGGAUGGUAUGCGGUUAACGGAAAAGGCUAAUAAAGAUCUUCCAAUACUCCAAGGUUAUGGUUUAACUGAAACAUCACCUGCGGUAAUAACUACCCGACCAGCAGAGUACAACAAAGAAAGUGCAAAGGGAUCCAUCGGAAGACCAGUUCCCAACACUACGUUGAAAAUAGUUAAUCCCGAGGACCCAUCAGGUGCACCCUUGGGACCCAACGAACUCGGGGAGCUCUUGGUGAAGGGACCUCAAGUCAUGAAAGGGUACUUAAAUCGACCAGAGGAGAAUAUUUUUGUAGACGGAUGGAUGAGAACGGGAGAUAUGAUGUAUUACAAUGACGACGGAUUCUUAUUCAUUAAAGAUAGACUGAAGGAGUUGAUAAAAGUUAAAGGAUUCCAGGUGGCUCCGGCUGAACUUGAAGAAAUAAUCAGGGACUUUCCCGAUGUCCUUGACGCAGCUGUGAUCGGUAUUCCUCACGAUCUGGAGGGCGAAAUUCCCAGGGCCUACAUAGUUGCCAAACCUAACGCAAAAAUUGAUAUAGAUCAAUUGAAGAAUCAUGUUCAUGCGAAAGUGGCGCCGUACAAACAAUUAAAAGGUGGAAUCUCUGUAGUCGACAGUAUUCCGAAGAAUGCCAGUGGAAAGACGUUGAGACGAGAGUUGAAGCAAAUGUAUGAAGAAGAACUUAAGUAAUUUUUAUUGUUGUUUUUAUAUAUUAUGUGACUGCAUUUUUUAAUUAUACACUAUAUAUUUUUUAUUAA